AUGAAAACAAACACUAACGAUGGCGGCGCCGGGAAGCGGCCGGCCGAAGGACUUAAAGCAGGAGUGAUCGCUUGAGUUGUGAUGAGACUUCAAGAGCUCCGGUCGACGUGUGGGCGACGACUCGCUCAGUCUUGAGAGAGAAUACCUGGGGGUCUUCGAUCCACGAGCCUGCUGAGGGGUGAACUGUCUGCGACCCGGGCUGUCACUACUGGUCCGGAGCGCAGAACCCUCGGCCGGGAGGCGCAGCUGGCCGGCCCCAGGCCCCUGCCUCCGUAAUGAGAGCCCAGAGCCACUCUUUGUGUUGCAGCUUUGCAGGUGAGGGUGACUGUUGACUAGUGAAAAAAGGGACCCAAGGUUCACGACUAUCUUCUUACUGGCAGUGGAACGACCUGAGGAAACCUGCGAUCCAUUCUCAUUAAAUAAAUCGCUGGAUUCCCAUAGGCAAUGGAAACUGAUAUCAAUUCCCAAGACAGAAAGGACCUGGACAAGUUCAUUAAAUUUUUUGCCCUCAAGACUGUUCAAGUGAUUGUCCAGGCUCGACUUGGCGAGAAGAUUUGUACUCGUUCAUCUUCAUCCCCAACGGGUUCAGAUUGGUUCAAUUUAGCAAUCAAAGACAUCCCAGAGGUUACACAUGAAGCAAAGAAGGCUCUGGCAGGGCAGCUGCCCGCCAUCGGGAGAUCUAUGUGUGUGGAGAUCUCACUCAAGACUUCUGAGGGUGAUUCCAUGGAACUAGAAAUUUGGUGUCUUGAAAUGAAUGAAAAGUGUGAUAAAGAAAUAAAAAUUUCCUACACUGUGUACAACAGACUGUCAUUGCUGCUGAAGUCUCUCCUGGCUAUAACGAGGGUGACACCGGCUUAUAGACUCUCCAGGAAACAAGGACAUGAAUAUGUCAUAUUAUACAGGAUAUACUUUGGUGAAGUUCAGCUGAAUGGCUUAGGAGAAGGUUUCCAGACAGUUCGUGUUGGGACAGUGGGCACCCCUAUGGGCACCAUCACUCUUUCUUGUGCUUACAGAAUUAACUUGGCAUUCAUGUCCACAAGGCAAUUUGAGAGGACCCCACCUAUCAUGGGGAUUAUCAUUGAUCACUUUGUGGACCGUCCCUAUCCCAGCUCCUCGCCCAUGCACCCCUGCAAUUACAGAACCACUGGUGAGGACACUGGAGUAACGUAUCCUUCUGUGGAAGAUUCUCAAGAAGUGUGUACCACCUCUUUCUCCACCUCACCUCCAUCCCAGUGUGUGUUUACUGUUACAAAGGCACAUUUUCAGACCCCUACUCCUGUGGUGACGGAUACCCUGAGGGUCCCCAUGGCAGGACUGGCCUUUUCCCAUCAACUCUCAAGCUCUCGCCUUUCCUAUCAGCCUGCUGCCCUGGGCGUUGGAUCAGCUGACCUGGCUUAUCCAGUAGUGUUCGCAGCUGGCUUAAACACCACACAUCCUCAUCAGCUCAUGGUUCCAGGGAAGGAAGGUGGGGUACCUCUUGCUCCCAACCAGCCUGCCCAUGGUGCCCAGGCUGAUCAGGAGAGAUUGGCAACCUACACCCCCUCUGAUGGGGCCCACUGUGCUGCCACACCUAGCAGCGAGGACACUGAAACCGUGUCGAACAGUAGUGAGGGACGGGCCUCUCCCCAUGAUGUCUUGGAGACCAUCUUUGCUCGAAAAGUGGGGGCUUUUGUCAACAAACCCAUCAAUCAGGUGACAUUGACGAGUUUGGACAUACCCUUUGCCAUGUUUGCUCCCAAGAAUUUAGAACUGGAGGAUGCUGAUCCCAUGGUGAAUCCUCCAGAUUCCCCAGACACUGAGUCUCCUCUCCAGGGCAGCCUGCACUCUGAUGGCUCCAGCGGUGGCAGCAGUGGCAACACCCAUGAUGACUUCGUCAUGAUUGACUUCAAACCGGCAUUUUCUAAAGAUGACAUUCUUCCGAUGGACUUGGGGACCUUCUAUCGUGAAUUUCAGAACCCCCCUCAGCUGAGCAGCCUCUCCAUCGAUAUUGGGGCACAGUCCAUGGCUGAGGACUUGGACUCGCUACCAGAGAAGCUGGCUGUGCACGAGAAGAAUGUCCGAGAGUUUGAUGCCUUUGUGGAAACUCUGCAGUAAAAGCUGGUGUCCUCGAGU